CCACCCUGGCGGUGAUUUGGCAGCCCCCCGAGGAUGAAGGCGCUGGUCGGGCUCUUCCUGACGCUGGUGUGCGCGGUGGUGGUGGCGAUUGUGCUCGUCCCGCUGUGCUACCGCGCCCCUGUGCAGCUGUGCUGCCCGGCCCCGGGGAUGCGGGACAGCCGCACCGCAUCCGGCGUCCGCAGCUUCCAGGGAUACAGCCGCGUUCCCGACGGAAAGCCGCUGGAGCGAGCGCUGUGCCAGCGCUGCGCCAUCGUCUCCAGCUCGGGGCAGAUGCUGGGCUCGCAGCUGGGACAGGCCAUCGACGGGCAGGAGUGUGUCCUGCGCAUGAACCAUGCCCCCACCGCCGGCUACGAGCAGGACGUGGGGACACGCUGCACUAUCCGGGUGGUCUCACACACCAGCGUUCCGCUGCUGCUGAGGAACCAGCCCUACUUCUUCCAGCAGUCCCAAGAUACAGUCUACUUCAUCUGGGGGCCAAGCAAGAAGAUGGACAGGGAGAAGAUGGGCCCAACCUACCAGGCACUGCUCAAGGUGAUGGAAAAGUACCCCCAGAUGCAGAUCUACACCCUGACUGAGGAGAAGAUGACAUACUGUGAUGACGUCUUCCAGAAUGAGACAGGGAAGAACAGGAUGAAAUCUGGCUCCUUCCUGAGCACGGGCUGGUUCACCAUGAUCCUGGCCAUGGAGCUGUGCGAGCAGAUCAGUGUCUUUGGCAUGGUCAGUGACAGCUACUGCAGGGAACAGAACCACUCCAGCGUGCCGUACCACUACUUUGAGAAGGGCCGGCUGGAUGAGUGCAGGACGUACCUGAUGCACGAGCAAGCUCGCCAUGCUGGACACCGCUUCAUCACCGAGAAAGCCAUCUUCUCCCGCUGGGCCAAGAGGAAGAAGAUAAUCUUCAACCACCCAUCCUGGGCAGGCAGAUAGGGCGCCAGCCAUGGGUGAGGCAGCAGGAACCUUGGCAGCAGGGCAGCUCUCAUCCUGCAACAACACGUCUCAGCUCUGCCAGUGCCACGGUUGGACACCUUUUGCCAAGCCCUGGAGCGGGGAGUCUCCAUCUCUGCAGCAGCAGUGCCUGUUUCCCCUAGUGGAUGGGCUGGGAAUCCUCUGUUGUUACAUGGGGGGCAUGAGCUGGACCCAUGCAGUCCCACCAGCUCCAAGCGCCUGCCAGGGAGUCUCUCCAACCAGGGAGACCUGGUUUUCUGCUCUCUCUACUAGGAUGAAUAUUUAAUGCACGAUUAGGUAUGCUGCUGGACUCUGCCAGGAUAUAGGGCAGAAAUGCUCAGCCCUGACAGGGCCACAAAUUGGUGCCUCUCACAGGGCGAAGUUCUACUGUGGACCUUGCCCCACUUGUGCCCUCUGGACAAUGCUGAAUGUGGGGUGCAGGCAGCUGAAUCCAGGUUCUGCCUUCUGCUGCUUGGUGCCUGCAUCUCUUCAGCUGGGAAGCCCUGGAGCCACAUGUGCCCUAGGGGCUCCGAGUUGCCUUGUCACAAGUGUCCUUGGAUUCAGACCAAAGCAAAUGUGGCCAUUAAAAUUGUUUUU